CAAAAUUUUUUUUAAUAUUAAAAUGAAAUUAAUCACUAUAAUUUUAAUAUUUUUUUUAAUAAAUUUAUCAAAAUCACAAAGUUGUGAUAAAUUUUUAGAGAAAUUUAAAGAUUCAAAUAAAUGUAUUCAAAUGAGUAUUGCUGGAAGUCACAUUUUAAAUCAAGCAAUUGAUACAUAUAAAGGGAACUUAAAGUAUAAUAAUGUAACAAACACAUUAGAAAUCAAUGGAACUUUAACAAAUCUUCAAUCAUAUGAAUCAAUAUGUAUAGAUGGUUUAUAUCAACCUUUCUCUGCUAUGGAUUCUUUUAUUUAUAAAGAUUUUAAAAUAUUCUCAAAUGGUACUUUAAGAAUAAAUAAUGUAUUUUUUGCAAACUUGGUUUGUUUUCCAAAUGAUGAUUUCGUUUAUUUUAAAUUAAAUAACUUUUUAUAUUCUUUAUCGAUGAGGGCAUAUUCAAGUUGUCCAAUAUUAUAUUUUGGAGAAGCUUGUAUUUUAUCAACACCACCACCAACUACAACACCAACUACAACACCACCAUCAAAUUAUAAUAUUAAAUUUGAAAAUACAUUAAACAGCCAAUGGGAAAAAAAUAAUACACUUUUUUAUCAAUUUACUACCAUUUUACAAAAUAAUGAAAAUUAUGCAUUCUCAUCAAUAGAGAUUGUUAAUGAUGGAAAAUGGGGUGUUUUGGAAGCAUGGAACUUAAAUAAACUUGAAAAUGGAAAUUAUGGUUUCCCAGGUUAUGUUUCAAAAAUUGAGCCAAAGGAAACUUUUACAUUUGGGUUUGUAUCAACAAUCCGAAAUCCAUCAUUUACUAUAAAGUCGGUGAUCAAGGCAUGAUAUUUUUUAAAAAAAGAAAAAAAAAGUGUUUUUUAAAUGCUUAUUUUGAUAAAAAAAAUAAUAAAAAAAAAAUUUUGUUGAAUUAAAAAUAAUAAAUAAUUUCAAAUUCUUUUUUUUU